AUGCAAGAAGAAGGAGAAAAAAUAGGAGUAAAAGGGAAAAAAAGAUUUAGAAGAAGUCAGGAUGUCAAGGAAAAAUGGAUGAAUGAUUUUAAUAGUGAAAGGGAUAAACUUCUGGAAGAAUUAAAACAAAAUGAUAAUGAUAAUAAUUGUAAAAAAUUUCUUGAAUUUCUUGAUUGUCGUAGAGAAUAUCUAAUGGUUUCAAGUCCUAAUAAUCCAUUUGGAAGUAAUUCUACGUCUAUUGGGGAUCAAAUAAAACUAAAUGAAAUUCAAAAAUUAUCAAAUAUUACCAAUUGCUAUGAUUCUUAUAAAAACAAUGGGACUAAUGCAAUAUUGAAAUGGGAACAAAAAUUUCAACAAGGAAAACGUAAAGAAAUGAGUAAAUUUUCUAGAAGAAAUCCAAAAUGUGAAAGUUUAUAUUUAUGGUUUAUUAGUAGGAAAAUAGAUUUUUAUAAUAUUGUUAAAAGUAUGCCUUUAAAUUAUACGCAGUUUUGGGAUUAUAUGAAAGAUGAAAAGCUAUACGAAGGAGGUGGUCAAAUAAGUGAUAAAAUUAAAAGAUGUGUUACUUCUCAUUUUAAUACUACAGAAUAUAAUAAUAUAGGUAAUUGGAUGUAUACAUUUGGCUCUGAAAGGGAAAUUCAUAAUAUAAAACUUAAGAGAGGCUUAAUUAAUAUUACAGAAUAUGAUAAUUGGUUGAAUGAAAAGGAAAAGAAUUUUACUAAUUCACAAACAUGGAAUGUAACAGAUCUUAAACCCUUUACUGAUCAUUGGAAAAGUUUGAGAAAUGAAACAGAAGAAUAUAGAAAUAAUAUUAUUUCCAAUCAUAAUUGUUCACUAAUAAACGAUUUAAAUAAUGAUGUAAUUACAACCCAUAAUCCUUUAUUUACAACAACAAAUGUAUCCCAUAUCAUGAAUGGUAGCACUGUAUCUAUUGUAAAUGAUACUACUGAAUCUACUACAUAUACAUCUGUUAUAUCUAUACCUUUAACUAAUACAACUAUUUCUUUUCCAACUACUCCAUCUAAAGGUAUUUCAUCUACAAGAAUUUCAUAUAGCCUCCCUUUUAAUCUAUCUGUUCAAACACAAAAUACUUCACAUACAAAUUCUUCACAGCAUAAAAAUAGCGCAUCCACUAGUUCAUCAUACGUUCCAACCAAACUUAAUGCAUUAACUUCAACUGCUUCUCCCACUCCAUCCGCUCUUACUUUAACUCCUACUACUACAGGCAAAACUAAUGCAAGCACUACAAUUCCUUCAAAUACAUUUACUUCGGGGUCUGUGACUAUUGUAGGUAAUUCAUCAAUUACACCAAUCACAGGUACCCCAUUCACUUCGAGUGGUGCAACUAUUACAAGUGUUCAAUCUUCAAAUACUAUGGAUUAUGUAGGCAAUUUAUCUAUAUCAACAAAUAUUGAUAAUUUAACUACCCAAAAUAAUAUGCAUACUUUAUCUAUUUCAGUUACCCCAACUACUGUAGGAAAUUUGUCAAGUACAAACACUUCGUUUCCUUCUUCUACAAUUAAAACUACUAAAAGUACGUUAACUUUUACAGAUUCUCCAUCUACCUUAAAUAAUACAGAUACUACAAAUAAUUCAUCUACUUCAACUGCAUCCGUUUUUACAACUAAUACAAAUAAUUCAUCAUUCCAAUAUACUACAGCUUCUAUUGGUAAUUCAUCCAGUCCAUCCCCUUCAUCAGCAGCUACUUUAACUACAUCAUUUUCUCUAAAAAUAAAUUCUUCACAUAGACCUAAAAAUAAUAGCAAUAAUACAUUAAUUUCCCCAGUGAAUUUCAGUAGUACUGGGUCAAUUAACUCUUUUUUUGUACAAUCUGGAACUACAAAUCAAAAUACAUCUCAGUUUAAUGUAAGUGAUAUAAUGAAUACUACUUCAACUACAUCUAUUCCAAAUGUUCCUAUAAUAAUACCUUCACACAAUGUAGUUCAUGAUAAAAAUCCAGGAAAUAUAUUAAUUUUUCUUGGUAUUCCAUUCGGUACUAUAAUUUUUGGAAUAUAUUUUUUUCUCCUCCUAUAUAAAUGUACCCCCAUUGGAUCUUGGAUUGGUAAACGUAAGUCAAAGAAAAAAAAAAAAAUAAAAAAAAUAGGGUCAAAAGAUGCAUCAACUUCUAUGUAUCCUAAAAAGAAAUCAGUAAAAAAAAUGAAGCAUUUAGUACCAUCUUACGGGAUGCAACUUCCAUCAUGUGAAAUCACUUUUGAAAAUGAAAAGAAUGUUGAAAAAAAGAAAAAAUAUAAAGAAAUAGAAUUGGAAGAAGUAAGAAAUGAAUUUAUAGUACAAGCCGAAGAAGAAAAAAUAGAAGAAAAAGAAAAUGAAGAAGAAUAUAUAAAAGAUAAAGAAAAAAAAAAAGUAGAUGUGAAACUGAAAGAGUUGGGAUAUUUAAAUGAAGAAAUGAUAUAUCAUAAAGAUAGCAAUAUGAAAGAUAAAAUACCAAUAAAUAGAGAAAUGCAUAAAAAGAAGAUAUUUAUAGAAAUAUAUAUGGCAGUAUUGGAUGAAUGUCAAAGAGAGGAGUGGGAAUUAUAUAAAGAAGAUUUUCUAAAAAUAUGUUUAGAAGAAUGGAAAAAUGAUAAUACAUUAUAUGAAGAUAUAAUAUUAGAAGAGAAUAAAGUUAAAAAUACAGAGCAAGGAAUCAGUAGUAUUUCAUUUGAGGGACAAAAAUUUCUCUGGAAUAAAUAUAUGAAAAACAAUAAAAAAAUGUUGGAAAAAUGGAAAAGGGAUAAAUGGUUUAAAAAUUUGAAGAAGGAAUGGGAAAAGGAACAGAGAGAUUGUAGACAAAUAGCAAAUAGAUUAGAAUUGAUGAAAAUGGAAGAAGGAAAAAACACUAUGGUAGAAAAGCAAAAAAUAAUAUGGAAACAUUGGUUAAUAAAGCAAAGAAAAUGGUUCAUGGAAUGCGAAAAAGAGAAAUGGUUUAAUGAAU